AUGAUCGGAACCUCCACUUUUGAGUAUUUCUUUAUACGGACUUGCAUCCUAUUUCUUCACAACAUUGCACCAGUCAGCAUUUUAUACAGCAUUCAUUUACUUACCGUUCAAUUUUUUCACUUGCCAAGUUAUCUCGAAUACAUACCCUACCCUAUCCAUGUCUGGCUUACUGCAGAGACAGUGUUUUUCAUCACAGUCUUCAUACCACUCAAUCACGCUCUCAACCAUUCUCCUAUCUACCAUAGGCCUCUAUCCCCGAAGUGCAGAGAGAGAUUAUUUAGAAGUUGCAACGCGAACGUACCAAACGUGGAAAAUUAUCUCAGCCGGUGGCUUAUGGUCUCAGAAGCUACAUGCAUCAAGCGCGAUAACGUGGAAGACUUUAUCAGGUGGGCAUUUUUCAGACCCGGGUAUACGCGUGAGCAGGACCAACAGAAUGAAGGGGAAAUCGAGGCCUAUACAACAGAAAUUGAGAAGCUGAUUGGAAGAAAGCUGUCACCGGGAAGAAUGAAUGUGAAAGGUCUUGGUCAGCUUCUAAACGAAGCAGGCGGUUCACAUCGUAGCCUGCUAUGGUACACUUGUGUCUCUGCGGUUGACACUAUAAUGUACUGCAGGAUGUUACACGACGGAUACCACUUCCAUCGCAGCACGCUCUCGCGAUUCUUUACCGUCUUUCCGUUUCGCCCUCUCACGAUGCUCACGGCCUACCGAUCCCCAGUGCGGCAUCUCACAUACUGGCAUCGACGGCAUACAUCCAAGGAACGGCUACCAGUGCUAUUCAUACAUGGUAUCGGAAUUGGUCUAUACCCUUACACGACCUUCCUCCGAGACCUCGAUAGGGAACUAGAGACGGGGGCGACCGCCGAUAAUGAGGUUGGCAUCAUCGCACUUGAAGUCAUGCCGAUAAGCUCUCGGAUAACUCAUCCGGCUCUGGAAAAGGAUGUUAUGAUCAUGGAGAUCAUGGGGAUCUUGCAGUAUCACGGAUGGUGCAAAUUUGUACUUGUGUCUCACUCUUAUGGCUCCAUAAUCGCUGCACACCUUCUUAAGUCCGAUCAGAUUGCGGCGCUCAUCGGACCUACGGUUUUUAUUGAUCCCGUCUCAUUCCUCCUCCAUCUACCUGACGUGGCAUACAACUUCAUAGCCCGUCGGCCAGCACGGGCCAAUGAAUACCAGCUUUGGUAUUUUGGAACUAAAGAUCUAGGCGUCGCGCAUACGUUGGCAAAGAGAUUUUCCUGGACCGACAACAUCAUUUGGAAGGAGGAUCUCGGGAUAAAGGGCGGAAAGAACCAGGAGGGUCGAAAUGUUACAGUUGUUUUGAGUGGUAAGGAUUUGAUUGUUGAUGCCGAAGCGGUGGGACUGUACUUGAUGGGUUCAUCAUCAGAAGCCCAGACAGGUGAGGAAGAAGCAACACGAGCAUGGAAAAACAGGUCCUGGAUUGGGUACGGGCUGGAGCUGCUAUGGUAUGAACAGUUGGAUCAUGCCCAGGUUUUUGAUGUAGAGAAUACUAGGCGACCAGUCAUUAGGGUGGUCUCCUCAUAUUCAGCUACGGGCUGA